ACACUUGGCUUGAUAGGGAUCCCUACUAGCCAGCCUGGACUUUUUGAUAGUCUGGCCAGUUACAGAAGUGGUUCCCGCCGCCUAUGCCAUGGUUCUGGAGCUGUACCUGGAUCUGCUGUCGCAGCCCUGUCGCGCCAUUUAUAUCUUCGCCAAGAAGAACAAUAUCCCGUUCCAGAUGCACACGGUGGAGCUGCGCAAGGGUGAGCACCUCAGCGAUGCGUUUGCCCGGGUGAACCCCAUGAAGAGGGUACCAGCCAUGAUGGAUGGUGGCUUCACCCUGUGUGAGAGUGUGGCUAUCUUGCUCUACCUGGCACACAAGUAUAAGGUUCCUGACCACUGGUACCCCCAAGACCUGCAGGCUCGUGCUCGUGUAGACGAGUACCUGGCAUGGCAGCAUACGGGCCUUCGGAGAAGCUGCCUCAGGGCCCUGUGGCAUAAGGUGAUGUUCCCUGUUUUCCUUGGUGAGCAAAUACCUCCUGAAACACUGGCAGCCACGUUGGCAGAACUGGAUGUUAACCUACAGGUGCUUGAAGACAAGUUCCUCCAGGACAAAGACUUCCUUGUUGGGCCCCACAUCUCCCUGGCCGACUUGGUGGCCAUCACAGAGCUGAUGCAUCCUGUAGGUGGUGGCUGCCCAGUCUUUGAAGGGCAUCCCAGGCUGGCUGCAUGGUACCAGCGAGUGGAGGCAGCUGUGGGGAAGGACCUCUUCCGGGAAGCCCAUGAAGUCAUCCUGAAGGUGAAGGACUGUCCCCCUGCUGACCUCAUCAUAAAGCAGAAGCUGAUGCCCAGAGUGCUGGCAAUGAUCCAGUGACGUCAGACGCUUCAUCCCUGCACCAGCUGCGGCAGUUCACAACUCACAGUUCACAAUUCACAACUUGCAUUACACUGGGGAUGCACCUCACUCCUCACACCAUGAUGGCUCUCAGGCUCAGCUCCAUCUUCACCCUUUUUCUGUGAUAGCCACACAUGACCUCAACUAUAAUCACUACUUUCCCCUUGAGUCUGGGUAAUAAACUGGGGCUUGAUUUGGGCUUUAA